AUGGCAGAGAAGUCACUGGAAGAUAGAUUAUAUGACUCAAUACUUAAAAAUGACAAAGAUUCUGUGCUUCAGCUUGUCCUACAAGGUGCCAACCCAAACAAGAUAACUAGUCAUGGAAAAACGUCACUAGGAGAAGCAGCUAACAUUGGAAAUUUAGAAAUUUUCGAAAUACUAAUUGACUAUUUUAAGUCUACAUGCACUACAAAAAUGUUAUCCCCUAAUAGUGCUUCUAAGAAGAGACAUUCAAAGACACAAAAAAGAAAAAUGCGAGGAAAUUGCCCCAAUGAAGAUACAGUCAUAAAAUGUAAAAACACUUGUGAUAGAAAAAUAAGGUCUAGUCCACUUAAUGAAUCUGAUUCUUUUCAAGAUUCUCUUAAGUCUGAUAAAAAUCAAGGGUACUUUGUAUUUAUUCAUAGUGAUGGAUCAAGUAGUGAUGAAAGCAAAAUAAGCUUGAAAACACCAGUAAGCCCUACAUCUGCUGUGUCCACACCACAGUUGGACCUGGAAUGGGAUGAAGAGACAAUAAAUGUUGCUCCGACCACAAAAGAAGAUGAAACAUGGUCAUCAAUGUAUCAAUGGUAUGCUGCAAUACUUGAAUGUACUGGUGCUGCUAUAGCAUCAGCAUCGGUGGUAUCGAAUGGAAUUGACCAACAGGAUGCUUUUAUGAGAACCGCUUUGCACUAUGCAGUUGAACAGGGUCAUUCUGAAAUUGUAAGGCUUAUGCUAGAUGCUGGUUGUAAAGUAGACCUCCCAGCUGGGGAUGGCUUAACAUCCUUGCACAUAGCCAGCAUGAGAAACCAUAUAGAAAUAGUAUUGCAACUGUUAGCGGCCGGGAGCAAUGUCAACUAUAAAACCUAUGAGAAGAUGACACCAUUGCAUUUUGCAGUAUCAAGGGGUUAUUUGAAAUUGGUGAAAGUUCUGGUUAGUAAUGGAGCUUAUCUCGAGGCUCGAGACACAAAUGAACGCACAGCGUUAUACUUAGCAGCAGGGAGGGGUCAUUUGGAUGUUGUCAAGUACCUCAUAUCAGUUGGUGCCAAUGUGAAUGGUGAAGAAAUCCAUGGUUAUACUCCACUAUGCGAAGCAGUUUGGCAGAGUUAUUCAAAAGUUGUUGAGCUUUUGCUAAGUUCCGGAGCUCGCAUAACAUAUUCGCACAAACUUUUGCACAACGCUAUUAUACAGCGAGAGGAAAAAAUCGUAAGAAUGUUAUCUAAUGUGAGGGGAGGUGUUAAUUUACAUAAUGAUAAUGGAGACACACCACUUCUUUUAGCAGCCCGACUAUCCCAACCAGCCGUCGCUAGGAUACUACUGCAAAAAGGUGCUAAUGUGAACGCUUGUAACAGCAUAACAGGGGCGAGCGCGUUACAUAUCGCCGUAGAAAGUGUUGAGUCUCCUAAGGAUUUUGAGGACUUGCUAUUAUGUCUGCUCGACUAUAAAAUUGACGUAAACGCCACGGCGUUGACUGGUGACACUGCUCUUAAUAGAGCUUUGCUUUUGCAAAAAGAUCAUGCGGCGAUUUUAUUAAUUCGUCAUGGCGUGGACGUUAACGCUUGCGAUCUUCAUUCCUGUGGCUUAGAUAAUCUAACAAUAGCAAGCAAACGGCGAUCCAAUAAACUCGCUAAUAUGCUCCUAAAAGCCGGUCACCUCACACAUAUUUACGACAAAAAUGCUCCAACACCAAAACCAGGAACAACCUCAGAUUGGUUGGCCCAAGUGUUUAAGCAACCUAAUUUGCUGUUAGAUUUAUGCAGGAUUAAAAUACGACAAUUAUGUAAAAAUAGACCCUUGUAUUCUUAUGUUAGUUCUUUACCAUUACCAAAGAGAUUAAAAACAUUUCUUAUGAUGGAAGCUGAAAGUUUAGAAGAUACAUAG